AUGGCACCGUCGCACAACUCAAAGUCGAGUGUCUCACGAUGGGCCGUCACCUUGGCCGCACUGACGACCAUCGCGGUUGGCGUCGAGGCGUUCGCGAAUACAUUCCCCAUCGUCGCUUGGGCCGAUAGACCGUAAGUUGGAAGCCAGGCUCGUUCUGAUUCUCUCCUCGGGCGGUGUUGGUCUCAGCAUGGAAUGGCGAGCAAUGGUGGCGGUCUGGGUGAAGGAGUGGUGGCGAGGCCGGUCUUGCUUGGGAAGCGAGCGGCGUCGAUGACGAUGGCCCGAGAUUGGACCGCGAGCGCAACCGAUUGAGCUGCGGGUGGAAAGCAGAGACCUCAACAGGGGCCUGUCCCUCACGAACCACACUACUCCGACUUGUUGGGGUCGAACUGCCAGUACACGCGUCUCGUCAGAACCGAGUCAGGCGGCGGCGAUCUGGCGUUACUCCCUCGCCCGCAAGGACAGCACAAGAAGAGCACUCCACUCAUCGACCUCCUCUCCCCCGUUACAGACACUCCUCCCUAUCAACACUAGCCUCCACCUCCCCAUCAUCGUCUUCCCGCUCCGGGACCCAAGCGAGCUUCUCCUCCUCGGACGCCGCGGCCGACCUAUGUUCGCUGCAAGCGAUCCUGCUCGUCUCCGCACCGGGAUUGCACUACUCGGACCUCCCCCUCCUCCCCACUACACCCACGGGCAUCCGAGCCCGUGUCGACUACUACGCCGAUUCAUCCCUCACGCGCGCCUACGUCCCCCUGGCCAACGGCGUUCUGACGACCCCUGAGCGAGUUGCGCGCACGUUCAUCAAGCAGUGCGGUGCCGUCCUGCAGACGGACGACUACGCGAGCUUUUGGCAGGGAGAUGCGGCGAAAACGUUGAGGAUCGAGACCGUGCAGGGUUUGGACGAGUGGGAGUUGGUUGGCGUCAAGGCCAGGCAAGGGAGACGAGAGCUCCUCAACAAGAUUGGUGCGUUCCACGGUUCGAGUGAUGUUCGGCCCGCAGCUCACCCACUUUACUCGAUUGCCCCACAGACGAAGCCAUCCAAGCUCACCUGCACACCCUUCAAGGACCCUACCUCGUCGUCCUCACCUCGCUCCCCGAAGCCUCAACCCAAGCCCUCGCAUCGAUCACCCCUCUCACCAAACGUCAAGCCCUUGAUCUGGACGACAAAGCCCUCGAAAUCGAAGAAGAAGCUCUUUCUUCCCUGUCCGACCUCGAAGACGCCCUCGACGAAACCCCAGUCCCCUCUUCCACCAUCGGCACCGACGACCCCGACACCUUUGCCGCCCAAGACCGACCCAUCAUCGAAUCCGUCACUGACAAAGCCGCUCAAGCUAUCGACGCCGGGAUCGACUACGUCGCUUCGGCUUUCGCACCUGACCCAACCUCGAUCUUUGAGGUCAAGCCUAAUUCGGGCCUGUUGCAUCGUUAUGUCUUCUUCACGCCCGCUUUGAUCCUUUGUGAGUCCGCGUUGGCCAUCUGUCAUUUUUGGAAAGUUUAAACUGACCCCACCCAACAUUGUUCCUAUUCCCCCAGGCAUCCUCAUCUCUUUCCUCAUCCUCAUCCCCUUAUUGGUCUUCACUUCCCAAGCCUUGACGACCGUUCAGACCGUCUACGGGUUGGAACACAAGAUGACAGGAUCGGUCGGGACCGAUGGUUCAAAGGGGUCGUAG